AUGAAAGAAAUUCUAGAGUUAAUGAAAGAAAUUCUAGAGUUAAUAAAAGAAAUUCUAGAGUUAAUAAAAGAAAUUCUAGAGUUAAUAAAAGUAAUUCUAGGGUUAAUAAAAGAAAUUCUAGGGUUAAUAAAAGAAAUUCUAGAGUUAAUAAAAGAAAUUCUAGAGUUAAUGAAAGAAAUUCUAGAGUUAAUGAAAGAAAUUCUAGAGUUAAUAAAAGAAAUUCUAGAGUUAAUAAAAGAAAUUCUAGAGUUAAUGAAAGAAAUUCUAGGGUUAAUGAAAGAAAUUCUAGGGUUAAUAAAAGAAAUUCUAGAGUUAAUGAAAGAAAUUCUAGGGUUAAUAAAAGAAAUUCUAGAGUUAAUAAAAGAAAUUCUAGGGUUAAUAAAAGAAAUUCUAGGGUUAAUAAAAGAAAUUCUAGAGUUAAUGAAAGAAAUUCUAGGGUUAAUAAAAGAAAUUCUAGAGUUAAUGAAAGAAAUUCUAGGGUUAAUAAAAGAAAUUCUAGAGUUAAUAAAAGAAAUUCUAGGGUUAAUAAAAGAAAUUCUAGAGUUAAUAAAAGAAAUUCUCGAGUUAAUAAAAGAAAUUCUAGGGUUAAUAAAAGAAAUUCUAGAGUUAAUAAAAGAAAUUCUAGAGUUAAUGAAAGAAAUUCUAGAGUUAAUGAAAGAAAUUCUAGAGUUAAUAAAAGAAAUUCUAGAGUUAAUAAAAGAAAUUCUAGGGUUAAUAAAAGAAAUUCUAGGGUUAAUAAAAGAAAUUCUAGAGUUAAUAAAAGAAAUUCUAGGGUUAAUAAAAGAAAUUCUAGAGUUAAUAAAAGAAAUUCUAGGGCUAAUAAAAGAAAUUCUAGGGUUAAUAAAAGAAAUUCUAGAGUUAAUAAAAGAAAUUCUAGAGUUAAUGAAAGAAAUUCUAGAGCUAAUAAAAGAAAUUCUGGGGUUAAUAAAAGAAAUUCUAGAGUUAAUGAAAGAAAUUCUAGAGCUAAUAAAAGAAAUUCUAGGGUUAAUGAAAGAAAUUCUAGAGUUAAUGAAAGAAAUUCUAGGGUUAAUAAAAGAAAUUCUAGAGUUAAUAAAAGAAAUUCUAGAGUUAAUGAAAGAAAUUCUAGAGUUAAUAAAAGAAAUUCUAGGGUUAAUAAAAGAAAUUCUAGGGUUAAUGAAAGAAAUUCUAGGGUUAAUGAAAGAAAUUCUAGAGUUAAUGAAAGAAAUUCUAGGGUUAAUGAAAGAAAUUCUAGGGUUAAUGAAAGAAAUUCUAGAGUUAAUGAAAGAAAUUCUAGAGUUAAUGAAAGAAAUUCUAGGGUUAAUGAAAGAAAUUCUAGAGUUAAUGAAAGAAAUUCUAGAGUUAAUAAAAGAAAUUCUAGGGUUAAUAAAAGAAAUUCUAGAGUUAAUGAAAGAAAUUCUAGAGUUAAUAAAAGAAAUUCUAGGGUUAAUAAAAGAAAUUCUAGG